AUGCCGUUCGAUCUGCUAGAAAGGCACCAGCCUCGAUCUAUGACCGAGGAAGACUGGGAAGAGCCGGCCAGGAAGAGAUUGCGGCCAAAUCCAACGGAAGAGAAGGAUUUCCAUGAUCAUGCGGCCGACGGUUCCAAGGACAAGAGCAUCACCAUAGCUUCCACUGCGAAGCAUGCUCGACAGACCGUUGCCCCUUUCCUUGCGAAACAUAUCCCUUCACAAUACGCGCCUCUUGGAAAGAUUGACCAGCCAGUCGGAGAAGCAAGCAAAGAUUCGAAUUCCAAGUUCUGCUACAGACAUAGACCCGAUAUGCUAUGUCGCAGGCAAGCAGAUGAGCCGUCUAUGGACAAGUUGCAGCAUGAUCUAGAUGCACUUUCACAAGAAGAUCGUCAGGGCAUUGUCCAGGUCUGGUCAUUGUUCUCUGCUGCACCCUCGAAACAUCGAAAUCUCAUGCUGCAAGGCAUCCUCGCUCAGUGCUGCUUCCCGCAGCUGUCUUUCCUUUCCGCAAACGUUCAAAAACUCAUCCGCAUCGACUUCAUAUCGGCAUUGCCUCCAGAAGUGGCCUUCCGAAUUCUCUGCUUUCUUGACACGACAUCGCUGUGCAAAGCCGCACAAGUGUCUCGCAAGUGGAGGCAGUUGGCCGACGACGAUGUAGUUUGGCAUAGGAUGUGCGAACAACAUAUUGAUCGAAAAUGUACAAAAUGCGGUUGGGGUCUCCCAUUGCUGGAGCGCAAGAUGCUGCGUGCGACGAAGAGGCAGAUUGAGCUGCGUGCCGCCGGCACUCACUUGAUCGAAGAGCAUUCUGCAAGUUCAUCCCAGAGUGCAGACAACGGUCCUGUACCAAGCUCUGUGUCGGACAGCGAAAGCCACCAUGAUGUCUCCGACAUUGAAAAGUCUUCUGAUGGCCGUCUCUCCCCGGUCUCAGUGCGGAAGCCUCCUCUAGGGUCGUGUGAUGGCGAACAUAAAAGAACGCGACCUUGGAAAGACGUUUACAAAGACAGGUUCAAGGUUGGGACGAACUGGAAGUAUGGACGUUGCAGCAUCAAGAUUCUUAAAGGCCACUCUAACGGUGUGAUGUCUCUUCAACUCUGCGAUAACAUCUUGGCCACGGGCUCGUAUGAUUCAACAAUCAAGAUCUGGAACGUCGACACCGGCACAGAGUUGAGAACACUCACGGGUCAUACUAUGGGCAUCCGAUGUUUGCAAUUUGACGACAACAAACUUAUCAGUGGCAGUCUGGACAAGACGCUAAAGGUGUGGAAUUGGCGCACUGGAGAAUGUAUCGCCACCUAUCAGGGCCACUCGGGAGGAGUCGUUGCGCUGCACUUUGACUCCAACAUUCUCGUUUCUGGCUCUGUGGACCAUACUGCUCGUGUGUGGAAUUUCGAAGACCGAUCAGUGUUCACGCUCCGCGGGCACAAAGAUUGGGUGAACUCUGUGAAAAUCGACACUGCUUCACGUACCAUCUUCACCGCCUCUGACGACUGCACUAUCAAACUCUGGGACUUAGAUACCAAGAAGUGUAUUCACACCUUCGAAGGACACGUUGGUCAGGUCCAACAAGUCUUGCCGUUGCCGGCCGAGUUCGAAGCCGAAGAGGACCAAGACCAGGACGAGGACUCAGAGCCAGGCAGUCCGGUAAGCCCUACCGUGACCAAAGCGAAUCAAAAAAUGCUGUCCCUGUGCAUCGACCACACAGGUCAAUUCGCUUCAGAGCCUGAUCGACCUCGGCCACCACGGUACAUGCUUACGUCGGCACUUGACUCGACCAUUCGUCUAUGGGACGUGCAUUCGGGUCGGUGCAUCAGGAAAUUCUUUGGGCACGUCGAGGGUGUGUGGACUAUUGCGGCGGAUACGCUGCGCUUUGUGUCCGGAGCUGAGGACGGAAUGGUGAAAGUCUGGGACCCGAGGUCGGGCAAGUGUGAAAGAACCUUCACCGGGCAUGCAGGACCAGUGACCUGUAUCGGGUUGAGUGAUAGUCGAAUGUGCAGUGGCGGAGAGGAUGGCGAGGUCAGAGUAUACAACUUUACGGCCUGA